AUGAAGUAUUAAGAAUACUUCUGCCCAGCGGUUUAUUUAUCAAUUUUGGAAUAAAUUUGAAAAGAUAAACCUUCUUUGUUUUUGCUGAAGAUUGUGUUGUUUGAUUUCACGAGAUAACUUUAUAGUUAUUGCAAUCCUAACUAUAGUGGUUAAUUAAUUUGUUACUAAUGGUGAAUUAGAAGAUGGUGAAAAUUGCCCUGCAAUUCAAGUGUAAUUUGGAAAAUGUCACAGAUCUUCAAGCUGAGGGGGAAGAUUUUAGAUGGUACUUGAAGGUAAAGUGCCUUAACUGCGGAGAGGAAAAUCCUUCAUGGAUCUAUGUAACACUUGAGGAUAGCCAACCAGUCAAAGGGGGCAGAGGAAAUGCAAACUUUGUUACACACUGUAAACUUUGUGGAAGACAGAAUUCCUUGGAUAUCUUGAAAGAUUCCAUUUGUUUAUACAAAAUCCAAGACAACAACAGAUUCAAAACCCUUGUUUCAUUUGAUUGUCGAGGACUGGAACCAAUUGAUUUUUCACCCAGAGUUGGUUUUGCAGCGAAGGGAGUAGAGAGUGAAACAAAGUUUCAAGAUAUUAAUUUAACAGAAAAGGAAUGGGCUGAUUACGACGAAAGCGCACAAGAAGCUGUUGGAAUUUACGAAGUUACCCAUCAGUUUAUCAAAUUGUAAUUUAUCUUUAAUGCCAUAUAGAUAUACGCAUGUAGAAUAAUUAACUUAUAUUUAAUAUGUAAGACUGUUUUACCGUAAAUUCUUAAAACAAUGAAAU